CUGCGUCAAGGAUCAUUAUUACGAGCACUUCUUCCACUUUCUUUAUGCUUUCUCCUGUUCAUGAUGCUCUGCGAAUAUUAGAGAACCCCGAAGUUUCUUGGAUGAGCAUGUUUGGACAAUACUGCUGAUAUCACUAAUCGCUUGAUCAGAAGCAAAGCAGCUAGGCAGCAUGAAUUGGGCAGCAUUUGGAGCUGCGAUAGCCCUGCUCGGCUCUACAGACGCCAAGAUCUACGAGACUAGAUUCAAUGGCACCACCUGGGACGAUGAAGCUUGGAGAAUCACGACUACAAAUCUGGACCAAGGCCAUUAUCAGUCGCGCAUGUCCUUGGCCAAUGGCUACUUGGGUAUCAACUUAGCAGCAGUUGGUCCAUUCUUCGAUGUUGACGAGCCAGUCAAUGGAGACAACAUUCAAGGAUGGCCUCUCUUCGACCGCAGGCAAACUUUCGCCACCAUUGCUGGAUUUUGGGAUUCUCAGCCAACGACGAAUGGAACGAACUUUGAAUGGCUCAAUCAAUAUGGCGGCGAAAGUGUAAUCUCAGGCGUACCGCAUUGGGCUGGUCUCCAUGUGAAGGUGGGAGACGACUUGCUGGAUGCGACUGUGCCACCUGAGCAGAUCUCUAACUUCAGCUCGACUUUGGACGUCAAAAAUGGAGUCAUGUACUGGAACUAUACGUGGACACCCAGCACUGGCUCGGCGAUCGAUGUCGAGUAUUCGAUGUUCGUACACAAGCUGCAUGUAAACCAAGCCGUUGUGCAACUUCAGCUCACAGCUCAAGAAGAUACCAGCGCGACCGUCAUAGACCUCUUGCAGGGCGACUGUGCUGUCAGGUCUACGCCUGUAGAGACCGGAUCUUAUCCUGUGUGGCCUGUCAUCUGGUCUGCUGUUAGCCCUAAUGGCAUUCAAAAUGUCACAGCCUGGAUUUUCUCUACUCUUGUUGGAGAUGACUCGUGUAACGCGUCGAGCAGGAAGAACAUUACGGAUAGCGCUGUUCUGGGCAGCAACAGUUCCUCGAUUGCGCAGUCCGUGGAAGUGUCUGUUUCUGGAAGAACCCCUUCUGUCAUCACAAAGUUCGUGGGUGGGGCUUCUAGCGAUGCAUUCGCUGAUGCAGCUUCCACCGCCUUGAACGCAUCUUGGGAGGGCGCUGGGGCUGGUUUCGACACUCUCUACAAGUCUCAUGUGAAGGAGUGGAACCAUGUCUUGACGAAAGACAGUGUGGACGACUUCCGAGAUGUCAAGGGGGACCUGCCGGACGACGAAGAUGUUCAAGAACUCCAGAUCACAGCAAUCACGAACCCAUUCCAAUUGCUGCAGAACACCGUCAGCUCGAAUGCUCUUGCGGCUGCAGGAAACAACACCAAGCUUGUGUCCAACAGCAUCUCAGUCUGUGGUCUCGGAUCGUCUUGCUACGCCGGCCUUGUUUUCUGGGAUACUGAAGUAUGGAUGCAGCCUGGGCUUGUUGUCGCGUUUCCGGACGCUGCCAAGCAGAUUGCACAAUACCGCGUGGAGAGAGGGCCACAAGCACAUCAAAACAUUCUGACUGCUUACCAAUCUAGCCAGAAUGAGACUGGCAAGUUCUCACCUAACGGUGUUGCUUAUCCGUGGACAAGCGGGCGAUAUGGCAAUUGUACAGGCACUGGCCCAUGUUUCGACUACCAGUACCAUCUCAAUGGUGACAUCGGACUGGAAUUUACGAACUACUGGAUCACGACCGGCGAUACUGAUUACUUCAGAAACGAGCUAUUCCCCAUAUAUGAAGCCAUCGCACAGCUUUACGCGGACUUGGUAACGUUCAACGAGACAACUGGACUGUACGAGCUCUAUAACGCAACAGACCCUGACGAGUACGCCAACUUCCAGAAUAAUGUGGGAUUCACGCUGGUUUUGAUGCAAAGUCAUCUCAACGAGACCAACGCCAUUCGUGAGAGAUUCGGCAUUGAACCUAAUGCUACUUGGGCGAACAUCUCCGACUUGAUCACGAUUCCGGUCAAUGAAGAGGCCAACAUUAUUCUCGAGUACUCGACACAGAAUGGUAGCAUUGUGGUCAAGCAGGCUGAUAUCGUUCUGAUUGAUGACUUUCUUCAAUGGCCAAACCCGUAUACUCUGAGCAACCUGGAUUAUUAUGCUGCUGCUCAGUCGCCAGACGGCCCUGCCAUGACAUAUGGAGUGUUCAGCAUCGUUGCGAAUCGCGAAUCGCCAUCUGGCUGUUCGUCGUAUACUUACGACCUGUACGGCUCGAAGCCUUAUACCAGAGGACCCUGGUUCCAAUUCAGCGAACAGCUCAUUGACGACUGGACACUGAAUGGUGGAACGCAUCCUGCGUUUCCCUUCCUGACGGGCGUGGGAGGAGCAAACCGAGUCGCGGUCUUUGGGUACCUUGGACUGCGCCUGAUGGUCGAUAAGCUCAAUAUCGAUCCUUCGCUACCACCACAGAUUCCACAGCUGGCGUACAGGACGAUCUACUGGCAAGGCUGGCCAGUGAAAGCAUUCUCCAACCAAACUCACACCACAUUGACCCGAAGCGGCGAGCCUCUUUCCACCGCCAAUGGCACAUUUUCGAAUACACCUAUCCCAGUCACCGUCAGCAUAUCUGGCACGAAAGUCUACGAACUGCAUCCGAACUCCUCAAUCACGAUUGUAAAUCGUCAAAUUGGACUCAACAAAACCUGGGCUGGCAACAUUGCUCAAUGUCAACCCGCCGCAUCUGAACAAGACUACGAGCCCGGCCAAUUUCCACUCAGCGCAGUCGACGGAGCAGUCAGCACCAAAUGGCAACCCUCACUCGCAAACACAACAUCCUCACUUACCGUCGAGCUCCCACAGCCUUUCGUCCCAAUUACCGAGAUCCGCUUCGAUUGGGCACAAGCACCGCCUACAGGCUACCGUGUCACUUUCCACAACCUAUCUGAUACUUCUGAGGUUCCGCCUUUGGAAGUUACGAGCAGUGAUAAUGUGGAAGUGAGCAAUCCUUACGAUCCUGCUGUUGAAGAUGUCAUCAGGAGCUAUUCAUCGAACACGACGAAUGUGACACUUGAUCAGCCUGUCUGGAGCGCGAGAUAUGCGACAUUGGAGAUUUCGGGGAGUCAUGCCAAUGAUGGAACGGCCAAUGAGAAGAACGGGACUGGAGCAAGUGUGGCGGAGUUCGCGGUUAUUGCUGCUGCUGUAGAUGGAGGGGAAGAUAAUAUUGCGGCAAGGAGUGAGAGGGCUUGGGCACUUUGAGGCUCGUUAUGUGCGUGGAGGGAAGUAACAAGCAAUUAACCAAUCUGUGCACCAAUCGAUCGAUUCUCUUUCCAUUGCUUCGAAAUGUACCUACGCGAGUAUGUAAGAACCAAACGUGUGAUUGGGUAAGCUUUCUCGAAGCAAGCAAAGCAAAAGCAGCCCACCAAGAG